GAGAGAGAAAGUUCUCGAGCUAGACGAGCGCCGUGCGAGGAGAGAAGCGAGAUGAGCGGUGAGGCGGCGGCCGUGGGCGGAGGCGAAGGAGAGGCGAAUGGCAUCCCGCCGAACGUCACCAUCUAUAUCAACAACCUCAACGAGAAGAUCAAGCUCGAAGAACUUAAGAAGUCCCUAACAGCCGUUUUUUCCCAGUUUGGGAAAAUUCUUGAUGUGCUUGCUUUCAAGACUUUGAAGCAUAAAGGUCAAGCUUGGGUUGUCUUCGAAGAUGUCGCAUCAGCUACUGAGGCUCUGAAGAGGAUGCAGGGCUUUCCCUUCUAUGACAAAACUAUGAGAAUUCAAUAUGCCAAGACCAAAUCAGAUAUUAUAGCAAAGGCUGAUGGCACCUUUGUACCUCGAGAAAGAAGAAAGAGGACUGAUGAAAAAUCUGAAAAGAAGCAGAAGCGCGAGCAUCACCAUGAUGCUGGUGCUAGUCAAAUUGGCAUGGGUGUAACUGCUUACCCUGGUGUUUAUGGGGCUCCACAGCUCACCCAGAUACCUAUAGCAGGAGGACAAAGGGUCAUGAUGCCAGAGAUUAUCGUACCAAACAACAUCUUGUUUGUCCAAAACUUGCCACACGAGACGACGCCCAUGAUGCUCCAGAUGCUCUUCUGCCAGUACCCUGGCUUCAAGGAGGUUCGGAUGAUCGAGGCGAAGCCUGGGAUUGCUUUCGUGGAGUAUGGAGACGAGACCCAGGCCACUGCUGCCAUGAACAACCUUCAAAGCUUCAAAAUUACAAAAGAAAACCAGAUGGUCAUCACAUAUGCGAAGAAGUAAUGAGCUCCCGAGCAAUGUUUACCUGAUGUGUGAGAUGUUGUAUUCCGAGUUUUACACAACUGGUAAAUUUCCUUCAUGUGUUAGGUAGACAGCAUCCUGAACAACCUGUUAAUUGUACCCACUGGGCUGCAGCUAUGUGCACUUCAGGAACGGAGAUGAAAUGCAAACUGUUAUUAUUUGGUCUGCUCUUGUAUUCA